AGUGAACUUUUCGUGGAAAUAUAAAAAUAUAAAUGGAAUGGGCUGUUGUAUCUGCCCAUUGGGCUUGCUAAUAAAAAGCAAAUGUCGAAAAAGAAGAAAAAAAAACUUUUCGUGGAAGUGGAGUUUUUUUCUGUGUCGUCUAUGACUAAUGAUGACUCAUAUAACAGACUGGGCGUUACGGAAAAAAAUCAAAAAAGGGUUAAAUGGUAAUUUAGCAGCAGAAAAUACCGAACAAGAGUCUUGCUCCUUAAUAAUAAAACCUCCCCACUAAAGCAGUUAAGACCCAAAGAGAGAGAGAGAGAGAGAGAGAGAGAGAGAGAGAGAGAGGAGCAGGUACAGACCCCAAAAUUCAAUUAUUCUUUUCUUUUCGAAACUCAAUUCUAAAGAAAAAUGGAUCGAUCGGAGCCGUUACCUUUCCCAUCUUCCGCCGAUUCCGAUGAAGUCACCACCGCCGCUGCCGAGUUAGCUGCCGGAGACUCAAGCGGUGGUGGUUACGAGAUUAUUAAGAGCAAAGUGAAAGGACCUUGGUCUACGGAGGAAGACGCGGUGCUUACGAAGCUUGUGAGCAAGUUAGGUCCGAGGAACUGGAGUUUGAUCGCUCGUGGUAUCCCUGGACGCUCUGGCAAAUCGUGUCGAUUGCGUUGGUAUGAGGAAGAUCAUAUGAUAAUCUCUGCUCACGCCAUUCACGGUAACAAAUGGGCCGUGAUUGCGAAGUUGUUACCAGGAAGAACAGAUAACGCUAUCAAGAACCAUUGGAACUCGACUCUUAGACGUAAAUACGCAGAUCUUUGGAAGAACAGUAGUCAAGUUACUACUGCUUACAUCAAGAACGAAAAUGUCGAACAACAACUGCCUCAAGAAGAGAUUGUUUCACCACCAGAGGUUCCACAAGUUGUUGAUGUUACAAUGUAUGAUGAGCCUACACAAGUUCUUGAUGAUGUUACAAUGGAUGACGCAUCGCCCAAUGAGCCUCAAGAACAGGCUCCUCCUAUAGAGAGUAGCAUUCCUGUGUUUCGCCCGGUGGCUCGUGCUGGCGCGUUCAGGGUGUAUAACCCAACCAGCCAGAGAAAUGGGUACAGGGAUCACAAUGUGGUUCCUUGUGAGGGACCGUUGAUUCAAGCGGCUAAGCCUGACUCAUUAGCUGGUAAAUUUCUACAAUCUCUUUGCGGCGAACCUAACAUUCCUUCGAAAUGUGGUCACGGUUGCUCUACUCAUCCGGCUGAAUACGGUAAGUCGGUGUUGGGGGCUGAGUUUGUGGAUUAUGAAGAGCCUUGUCCAGUUUUUAACCAAGAGCUGAUAUCUAUAGCUACUGAUUUGAACAACAUUGCGUGGAUAAAGAGUGGUCUUGACAAUGCCAUUGUCAGAGAAGCAGAACAGAAUUUGAAGAUGGAUCAAAUCACUUUCAAUGAUCCUCGAAUCAGGUUUUCUGGAAUGAUGCCUAGACAACAUUUCUUUUGUGCAAGAAGCUGAAACUCUGAAGACACAUAGCUGAUGAUGACAUUUUGAUUCGGAUUUGAUGGAAAGAGAGAUUACAAAAGAGAAGUAAGGAAGAAGGCUUGCUAUAUAUUUCUUGAUAAUAUCAUUUACAAGCACUUUUCUCCUUAGUUUUUUUUUCUUUUUACAUAUAAGUAUUUACAAAACAGAGUAUGAAGAUCAAUUUACAAUUUUUCAAAAAGUAUUCUUGAAACGUCUUCAUUGUUUAUCA